GCUGUCAUCAAUUUGGAAGCUGCUGAUACCUCAGGCCCUGAGCUUCUGUUCCAGGCGACGUCUCACGAGAUGAUUCAGGCGUAUUCCCAUGUGCCUCGACCAUACGGAACUAUCUUUACAAACGAGAUCUUUAGCUCGGGUGUGCUACUCUCUGACACUGAUUUCCGGCAGUUUGAGUACCACUUGAACGUCACCGGGCUUGACAUACAUCUGACCUUUCGUCUUUCUACAACUGUCUCCUGUUUCUCUUUUCGUUGGUCAAGUUUUCAACUCUAACUGCACGUAAGUGGCAG